UGGUUCCCUGAGCCGAGAAGCAUCUGGACUUUCGCCACUCCCGCUAAACUAUAGAAACGUACCCCGAAUCGAAAGUUCUACCUUUUAUCUUGGUUUCGUCGCCCCGUAGUGUAAACUAUCCACGAAUCUUGGUGACAAGAUGAAGCAUCCCGCGAGGGUGAAGAUCCGUCUGAUGAUCUCCUUGCUCGUCGUCUGUUCUAUCUGUCUCGUUGCCGUGGAAGCGAAGAGAAUCGACCCCUACAAGGUUCUUGGGAUCGACAAGAACGCGAGUCAGCGGGACAUUCAGAAGGCCUUCCACAAGCUCUCUCUUCAAUAUCACCCGGACAAGAACAAAAACAAAGGCGCACAGGAGAAAUUCGCCGAAAUCAAUAAUGCAUAUGAAAUCUUAUCCGACGAGGAGAAGAGGAAAAAUUAUGACUUGUAUGGAGACGAGAAGGGUGAUCCUGGGUUUGAUCCGGGCCAGACUGGAGCAGGAGGAGGAGGAGGAGGAGGAGGUGGUGGUGGUGGUGGAUACACAUACUUUACGUCAGGUGGGCCCGGUUCUACUUUUGGACCGGGCGGGUGGCAGACUAUGGGUGGCCCAGGAGGAGGAUUUAAGACAUUUUCGUACUCAUUUGGUGGUUCAGACCCUUUUGCUUCUUUCGAUAUUGGUGAUAUGUUCAAUGGGUUUUUUCAAGGUGGUCAAUCUGGUGGUUUCAAAAGCUCGGGUCAAUCUGGUGGCUUCAAAAGCUCAGGUCAAUCUGGUGGUUUCAAGAGCUCAGCUGGCUCCCAGUUCGGUUCUAGGAGCCCAACUCAAAGCAGCAUCCGGACUGUAAAUUCCCAGGUCUUCAAGAAUGAAAUAGCAGAACGAGGAAUGACCUGGCUUUUGCUAUUUAAAACACCUGGAUUGAAGGAUAAUGAGUACUACGAGUCACAGAUCGAGGAGGUUGGCAAUUCAUUGCAGGGAGUUCUGAAGGUGGGAGUCGUGAAUUGUGAUAAUGAACCUUCUCUGUGCAAGGAUCUUGGAACUCACCCCCGCAGAUUUCCCAGGCUAUUCGUGUACACCUGUAAUGUGGUUGGCAAUAGCGGAUCUUUGGUUGAGUACCACGGUGAUCUAGUGACGAAAGAUCUGAAAGUCUUCUGUCAAGAACAUUUGCCCCAGUAUUCGAAACGGGUUGAUCUGAAGGGAGUUGAGUUUCACCCUGACAGCGGAAAUGGCUUGCCCUCUGUGCUGCUACUUUCCACCAAGAAAGAUACUCCUGCAAUCUGGCGAGCUCUUAGCGGCUUGUACCACAAGCGAUUCAAUUUCUAUGAUGCACAGGUUCGUGAUAGUUCGGAACCUGUUGUAAAAAAAUUGGGCAUAAAUUCUCUUCCUGCUAUCGUUGGUUGGCUGAAGAAUGGGGACAAGCAUGUCCUAGGAGCCGGAAUAUCGGUGAAAGAUAUGAAAUCUGCAGUCAGUGACCUUGGUUCACUACUGGAUGCGUUUGAGAGGAAGAAUAAGAAAGUAGCGUCAAGUCACGCUAAAAGGUCAGAAUCAGAUUCUGCGAGUAAACAGAUACCUAUUCUGACAGGGUCCAAUUUGGAUGCCUUGUGCGGGGAAAAUGUACCCGUAUGCAUAAUUGGCGCUUUCAGAUCUAUGAAGGAACGACGGAAGCUGGAGUCGAUUCUCUCCACGGUCUCUCAGAAGCCGCUUUCAAGGCAACAGUCCUCGGGAAACUCCAUCUCCUACACUCUUCUUGAUGCUAGUAAGUAUCCAGAAUUUCUGAAAGCAUUUGACAAUUCGGGAUUUAAAUCCUCGGACAAAAUGUUAGUAGCCUACAAGCCUCGGAAGGGGAAGUUUGCAGUACCCGCGAAUAAAAUCACCGAGGAAGAAGUGGAGAGGUUUAUCGGCUCUGUUGUUAACGGGGAUGUGCAGUUCAGCAAGACGAGGCGGAAGCCAAAGCUUACGUAGAGAAGCAGAUGAGUAGUUUAGAUGAACAUGUACGUGUAUAUACCGGUGAAUCGUUACCAUCAACUUAUACCAGAAAGUGUACGAUAGUAAUUCAGAGGACAGAUAUGCGGAUGUAGGAAUGGAUUGGUUCCAUUUUCGCAAGGCUCGGGAAUACUGCUCGAGGUCUUUGUUUGCAGAAUGUGUAGAAAUCUCUCCAGUCUAGCAUUAUUUUCUCCCUAAUUCAUCUCGCGUAUUUUGUUCAAUGUGCAAGGUGAGUCGUGAGCAGUGUGUAUGUUGGUAUCUCUCGUCUGAUUUCUAGAUUUUUCCAGAUUAUUGGGAGGUUUAUAACAGGAA